CGGGAGACCAGUUCGCUUCAGCGUCACGCCUCCCGCUAACCGGCCCAAAAUGGAUGCCGGCUCCGCUGCAGAGCCCGCUUCCACGCCGGCCUCGGCCAGCCCGGGCCUGUCGGGCGGCGAAGAAGAGCCCUCGACCUCGGCCGCCUUCUCGCAGGAGCCCGUCGAGGACGAGAAAAAUGAUCCUCCAUUUCAACUCAAACUUCCUCCAAAGGCAACUAAGUCUGAAAAAGAAAUUGAUCCGGAAUAUGAAGAGAAGAUGAAAACCGACCGAGCCAAACGAUUUGAAUUCCUGCUAAAGCAGACCGAACUUUUUGCCCACUUUAUUCAACCUGCAGCCCAGAAGUCACCAACCUCUCCCCUCAAAGUGAAACUGGGACGACCACGGGUAAAGAAGGACGAAAAGCAGAGCUUGCUUUCGGCAGGAGACUAUCGCCACAGGAGGACAGAACAAGAAGAGGACGAGGAGCUGCUUUCAGAAAGCCGGAAAACCUCAAAUGUAUGCAUCCGAUUUGAGGAAUCUCCUUCUUAUGUUAAAGGAGGAACAUUGCGGGACUAUCAAGUUAGGGGGUUGAACUGGAUGAUCUCCUUGUAUGAAAAUGGCGUAAAUGGCAUCUUGGCGGAUGAAAUGGGUCUAGGAAAGACAUUACAGACAAUUGCAUUGCUGGGCUAUCUGAAGCAUUAUCGAAACAUUCCCGGUCCACAUAUGGUUCUGGUGCCCAAAUCAACUUUGCAUAACUGGAUGAAUGAAUUUAAACGUUGGGUUCCAUCACUACGAGCAGUUUGCCUUAUUGGAGACAAGGAUGCCAGAGCUGCUUUUAUCCGUGAUGUUAUGAUGCCCGGAGAGUGGGAUGUGUGUGUGACCUCCUACGAAAUGGUCAUUAAAGAAAAGUCAGUUUUCAAAAAAUUUAACUGGAGGUAUCUGGUGAUCGAUGAAGCUCAUCGGAUAAAAAAUGAAAAAUCCAAGCUAUCAGAGAUUGUCCGUGAAUUCAAGACAACAAAUCGCUUGCUCUUAACAGGAACCCCUUUACAGAAUAAUCUUCAUGAACUGUGGGCAUUGCUCAAUUUCCUUUUACCAGAUGUCUUUAAUUCUGCAGAGGACUUUGACUCGUGGUUUGAUACUAAAAAUUGUCUUGGUGAUCAAAAACUUGUGGAAAGACUUCAUGCGGUUUUGAAGCCAUUUCUGCUACGGCGCAUAAAAGCUGAAGUGGAAAAAAGCUUGCCUCCUAAAAAAGAAGUAAAAAUUUAUCUGGGUCUCAGCAAAAUGCAGAGGGAAUGGUAUACCAAGAUCCUGAUGAAAGAUAUUGAUAUCUUAAAUUCAGCGGGCAAAAUGGACAAGAUGCGGUUGUUGAACAUCCUGAUGCAGCUGAGGAAGUGUUGUAAUCACCCGUACCUCUUUGAUGGUGCUGAACCAGGCCCUCCUUACACCACUGAUACUCAUUUAGUGACCAAUAGUGGCAAAAUGGUUGCCCUGGACAAAUUACUAUCGAAACUCAAAGAACAGGGUUCCAGAGUUCUUGUUUUUAGCCAAAUGACUCGCUUAUUGGAUAUAUUGGAAGACUACUGCAUGUGGCGAGGUUAUGAAUAUUGUCGCCUGGAUGGGCAAACACCGCACGAGGAGAGAGAGGAAGCAAUAGACACCUUUAAUGCUCCAAAUAGUAGGAAGUUUGUUUUUAUGUUGAGUACAAGAGCCGGAGGCCUGGGGAUUAAUUUAGCAACAGCUGAUGUUGUGAUCCUCUAUGAUUCAGACUGGAACCCACAAGUCGAUCUACAAGCGAUGGAUCGUGCUCAUCGGAUUGGUCAAAAAAAGGCCGUGCGGGUAUUUCGGCUUAUCACUGACAACACUGUUGAAGAGAGAAUAGUAGAAAGAGCUGAGAUAAAACUGAGGCUGGAUUCAAUUGUUAUUCAGCAAGGAAGGCUUAUUGAUCAGCAGUCUAACAAACUAGCAAAAGAUGAAAUGUUGCAAAUGAUCCGUCAUGGAGCAACACACGUGUUCGCUUCCAAAGACAGUGAACUGACUGAUGAAGACAUUACCACUAUUUUAGAAAGAGGUGAAAAAAAGACAGCUGAAAUGAAUGAACGCUUGCAAAAAAUGGGUGAAAGCUCUCUUCGGAACUUCACAAUGGACACUGAAAUGAGUUUGUACAAUUUUGAAGGGGAAGAUUACAGAGGGAAACAAAAGUUAAGCAUGAUGGAAUGGAUCGAGCCUCCAAAACGAGAACGCAAAGCCAACUACGCUGUGGAUGCCUAUUUUAGGGAAGCUCUCCGUGUCAGUGAGCCUAAAAUCCCAAAGGCUCCGCGACCGCCCAAACAGCCAAAUAUUCAAGAUUUCCAAUUCUUUCCACCACGGUUAUUUGAACUUCUUGAAAAAGAAAUCCUCUAUUAUCGGAAGACGAUAGGCUAUAAGGUCCCCAGGAAUCCUGACCUUCCGAAUGCAGCUCAGGUGCAGAAGGAGGAACAGCGGAAGAUUGAUGAAUCAGCUCCUCUUUCUGCCGAAGAGGCCGAAGAGAAAGAAAGGCUGCUCACCCAGGGUUUUACAAACUGGAACAAAAGAGACUUCAAUCAGUUUAUUAAAGCUAAUGAAAAAUAUGGCCGUGACGACAUAGAUGAUAUUGCCCGUGAGGUGGAAGGAAAGUCACCUGAGGAAGUUAUCGAGUAUUCAGCUGUAUUUUGGGAACGUUGCAAUGAACUCCAGGACAUUGAGAGGAUCAUGGCUCAGAUUGAAAGAGGAGAAGCCAGAAUACAGAGGAGGAUUAGCAUCAAAAAAGCACUGGAUGUCAAAAUUGCAAGGUAUAAAGCCCCUUUCCAUCAGCUGCGAAUUCAGUACGGAACCAACAAAGGCAAAAAUUACACAGAAGAAGAAGAUCGAUUCUUGAUAUGCAUGUUGCAUAAAAUGGGAUUUGAUAAAGAAAAUGUGUAUGAAGAGCUAAGACAGUGUGUGCGCAAUGCGCCCCAGUUCAGAUUUGAUUGGUUUAUUAAGUCCAGAACUGCCAUGGAACUCCAGAGACGGUGUAAUACGCUCAUAUCACUCAUUGAAAAGGAAAAUAUGGAAAUUGAGGAAAAAGAGAAAGCUGAAAAGAAGAAGCGGGGAACCAAGACACCAGUGUCUCAAAAAAGAAAAGCUGAAUCUGCUACAGAAAACUCUGGAAAAAAAGAUGCCAAGAAAGCAAAGACGUAAAACUGAGAAAUAGUAUCCAACUGAAAAAAAAAAUAUUUUCCUCUCUAACCCAUGUUUUUGAUGCCGUCUUGUAUUCCUAGUUCCGUCUCCCUCAAUUCCUCGUGGUUUUAAUUUUUGCAAAUCUGUAUUUUUUACAAUGCCUUCCUUUACCUAUUGAGUAGCUUAAUAUUUUAUGCAUUCCAAUAUUUUUGUGCACUUGUACUUUGUGAUAUUUCUCACGUCUUCAGCAAAAUUUACUCGGUCCUUGUUCUUCUAAAGAUUGUGCUGAGUUUUUUUAGCUUUCAUGUUUUAUAUGUUGCUGCUUUCACACAAACAACUCCCCCCCUCCAUUGAUUUCGUAGUUGUAUUAUUGUUUGCUACUUUAUAUAAUUGUGGAGAACUAAAUGGAAUUAAAAUAGCCUGAGGUGAAAGACACAUUUAACGUUGUCUGCUCAUUUUCAAUUCUUUUUCAUGUACAGCUUUUGAUAUUUUAAAGGAGCACUUACAGAAUUGUCUGCAAGGAUAUCAAAAAAGGUUUUUUUAUUUUUGGAAAGGCAACUGGACUGGUUCUUUUGAGGAAGAAGAAGAAAAAGACAUUUUGCUUCCUAUCCUGGAGGCUUCAUCAGUUAUAUUAGAUGGUGUGGGAGAUGGACAGAUGAGAUUAGUUGGGGUGGGAGGGAAUGAUAGGUUCUGACAGGAUGGUGGUUGGGGGAAUGGAAAGAUUGUCUUUUCUUUGAAGUCAAUACUCUGUGAGAGCUGUUGUGGUUACUUCGGGGUCACUGGAAUCAGAGGUGUGGAAUCUUUUGGAACAACCAAACGGAAAAGUCUUUUUCUUCUUCUUCCUCAAAAAAAAAAAAAAAAAAAAAAAAAAGUCCAGUUGCCUUUCCAAAAAUAAAAACCACUUUUGAUACAACUGUGACCAGGGUGACUGAGAAUUUUCAUUGACAUUUGUCUACAGUCAUGCUCUCGCAUCGUUCUUCCCUUUUUGGAAGGGAAUGAGAUUUAUUUGCAGGCUAUCAGUCUUACCUUUUUCUUGCUAUGCUGUUAUUUUCCAUCCUGCUAUUUUCUUGAUGUCUUAUGUUCAAAGGCAAGGUAUGCUCUGUUAGAAGAAGAAGAAAUAUUCUUUGCCUACACUCAGAUUUCUCCACUUGCAUGUUAUUUGAAGUCUUGGAUGCCCAUAUAUGGUAGCAGUAGCGGAGAAUAAUCAUAGCUCAGGUUGAAAUGUUGGGAUCUUGGUGUUUGUUGUGGGUGUGGAGCUUCCCAGUGUAAAAAGGUUUUCAAGCUGUACAUUACAUGUCAAUCAUCAUGAUUGUAAGUCAUGUAGGAUGUCUACAUUUAUCUGCUGUUCAGAGAUAAAGCAUCAGUUAUGUAAAAGUAAAGGUAAAGGUAUGUGCUAGUUGUUCUUAACUCUAGGGGGCAGUGCUCAUCUCUGUUUCAAAGCCAAAGAGCCAGCACUGUCCGAAGAUGUCUCUGUAGUCAUGUGGCUGGCAUGACUUAAUGCCAAAGGUGAAUGGAACGCUGUUACAGUCUCACCAAAGGUGGUCCCUAUUUUUCUACUUGAAUUUUUUACAUGCUUUCAAACUGCUAGGUUGGCAGAAGCUGGGACAAGUAAUUGGAGCUCACCCAAUUACAUGCACUAGGGAUUCGAACCCUAGUGAACUGUCAACCUUUCAAUUGACAAGCUCAGCGUCUUAGCCAGUGAGCCACCACAUCCUUUUUAUCAGUUAUGUAGAGCAUUCUAAUUUGGUUACAAAAUUGAGAAAUCGGAGAAUGAAGAGAGUUCUGGUAUCAGGAAUCCUGCCUAGGCAUGAAAGCCAACUGGGUGACUUUGGGCCAAUCAUCAGAAGACACUGAAUUCUAGUCCCAUGAAGGCCAGUUGGGUAAUCUUGGGCCAGUCAUUCUCUCUCAGCCUAACCCAUUUCACAGGGUGGUUAUUGUGGGGAAUGUCAAUGUCGAAUUGAACCUGGCAGAAGCCAUCUUCUUGUUCAUUGUUGCCACACAAUGUGAGAGGGGGGGAUGAGGUUGGAAUGCCUCCCUAGACACAACACAGAGCUUUCUCAUGGGAACCAAGGUCAUCUUCCUAAGUGACGGAUGCAGAUGGGGAGGAGUGCCUGAAAAGCCCGCCUGUUAACCUAAUUGGCCAACAUGACCAGUGACCCUUGGGGAAGAGGUUACUUUCUAUUUUAAUUAUGCUGAAACCUUGGGACCUAUUCAGAGUUGGUUUUACACUAAGUGUGCUGAUAUGAUGUAUCCAAUAAAGAAGUUCUUUGGGGAAGAUAGCAGCCUCAGAGUUCUGAUUUGCUUGGGUUCGUUAGUCAGGUCCUUGAUAGGGAAAACAGGGAGGAAGGCAUGUUGGAUAUAUUCACCACCUUGAGUUACUUGUAAAAAUUAUAAAGAUGGGAUACAAUAAAUAAAAAAAUAAAAUUCCACAUGAUGCAUAGAUGUUUUGGGUAGACAAAUUAUGCCAGGUUAUGUUAUUCUUUUCGUGAUAAGAUUUGCCUUCCAAAGGAAGCAAAAUAUUCUUUGUUGAUUCGGACAGCACCUACCAAUUCCUCCACAAAAAUACACAAAAACAACAGCUACUUUGGAUGUCUAACAAUCAAAUUUUACUAGGCAUCCAUGUCUGCUCUGAAAGUUGCUUUCUCAAGUCAAAAUCACCUGCGCGUUUGUGGGAUAUUAUUUCCUAGAAAUGCAUGAUUCAGAUCUGUGUGCAUGGAAAUGUGGAAGAUAUAUUUUUUAUUUAUCAAAUUUAGAGACUGUCCAUCUCAGCAACUCUGGGCAAUAAACAAUAACUAGAACCAUUAGAGAUAAUUGUGUAUUUAACCCAGUGAUGGCAAACUUACGAUACACGUAUCAAAGAUCACACCCAACAUUUUGGUGACACCCCAAUACUCAGCAGCAACUAUCCUUGGAAGCAUGCCCAGUUCUUGAGUGAUUUUUGGAGGCCGUUGAAGAAUGGCUUGUGUUUUUUGUGCAACUGCUGGACCAUUCGAAAAUGAGUGUGUUUUACUUAUAUUUCAUUUUUGUAAUUAUUUGACAUUUCUUGACAUACUACAUAGCACCACACGAUUGGACAUUAU